AUGACGUCAUACAUCGCAAAGACCGCUGCCAGGAAAUUUCUAGGUAAAAAGUUGCAGGACAAGUUCGGUCAAGGGGACCCCUACUACGAGAAAAUUCCCGGUACAAACCGCAAGGGAGAACCGACAGGCAAGCAGGUGAAGCAGAAGCGCGCACUACCCCGUGGUCUUUCAGAGCAUGAUGCCAAGGUUCUGAUGGGAGUGAGGAGAAGAGUUCAUCACUUGGACUGGUCAUUGUUCACAAUAUUCGGGGUUGGGUUUGGAUGGAGCACCGUCAUCGGUAUAAUUCCUGGGUACGUCUUUUGUCAAGCCCCGUCAGAUACCCCUUGUCGCGCCAAGCAUCUUCUCAUCUCAGGAAACAGAAUUGGAGAUGCCAUUGACGGACUGAUGUCGCUGUCAGUCUUCAGAAAAUGCUGCAAGGUUGAAGGCGGCCUCCCAGCGUCAGUAAAGCUGCAAAUGAUGGUCAAUGUGGCCCUCGACUUCAUCAUUGGACUGGUCCCCGGAGCAGAGGCCAUAUACAGAGGUAAUACACGAAAUGCGCUCCUUCUCGAGGAUUUUCUAAGGGAGCGGGCCGAGAAAAACUUACGCCAGUCGGGACACGUACCAGAUCGCGCCCACGCAGAGGGUAGCCGUCGUGAGGGCCAAGGGAUGCGCCAAGAGGAUUCGAGCGCUCAGAGCAAUGGUAUCAUCACCUCGGAUGGAUUCGUCGACGGACAGCCGUCUACAAAGAAACGAUCUGGCCGACGAUGA